AUGAUGCUUAAGUUGCUCAAUGAUACAUCUUCGAUAUUUCACGGCAGUAAUGCUAAGGAUGUGUGGUUGAAAGAAGAUGCAAUUUGGAGAAAUUUGACCGACAGCACUGGAGAUUAUACUUUUCCCCCGUUAUCUCAGUAUAAAUAUGUAGACAGUGUUGAAGUUGGAAAGGCUGUGAUUUGCCAGGAUAUGUUCUGGUCAUAUGAUGGAUCAUCGAUUGCCACAAUUCAUAAUGAUACGGGUAUACGACAGUAUUUAAUUCCAGAGCAUGAAGGAGUUGAUUUGAUCCCAUACACAAGAUUUUUCAAGAAUAGAUCUAUUGUAUCUAGUGAUAUACAUCCGGGUUAUUCCCUGUAUAAUGAUGAUAUGGGAUUUAAUAAUGUUUUAUUGGGCUCGAGAGAUUUACCAAUUCAGUUGUAUUCUUUAGAUCCUAAUGAUACUGAAAAUGUUGUAGUAUUUCAUUAUAAUGUAAUGAAUCAAGAAAAUGAGAGGUUUGAAGUACCGUAUAGUCUAAGAUUCAUUGAUAAAUCAACGUUUGUGAUGGGUAGUGACCGAAAUAGGAUAAAUUUAUACGAUACGAAUCGAAGUGAAUGUCUCUGGUCGCAACGGUAUAAUAGAUCACAAUUGAAUCCUAAGAAAAUACAUAAAAGUGUUAUAUCCUGUUUUGAAACUAACAAAACAAGGUCUGUGGCAUACUGUGGCUCGUAUAGCGACGAAUUAUUCAAGUUUGAUCUCCGUAACAAUAAGAUUGUCAAUGUAUCUUCAUCAUAUGGUAGACAUAGUAAUGGGAUUUAUCAGAUAAUAUCCAGUGAAAAUGGAAAUUAUCUUUAUAUUCUAAGACGUAACAGUAAUACUAUUGACGUAAUUGACACGCGAUAUGACCACACUACUGUAAACAAGCUGCAACUAACAUUUGCCCUGGGGAAUAUCAAACACAAAGCGCAUAUAGACACAAUAAACGGUCUCUUGAUUGGAGACACAGAGGGUAACCUACUGAAUUGGUCAAGAGACAUUAUAGAAUUUGGGGGCAUUGAACUCACAAAUCAAGGUUAUCCCAACUGUGAGAGUAACGUGAACCUACUCCCAGACAGGAUACUGUACUCAAAUUCAUCAGCGACUCGAUCCAGGAUAAACAUCGUGAAGACAGACCCUAACGACCCACACAUAAUAUCGGCGUCGCACUCCCCAUGUGACAACAAAUCUUCUCCGUGCAACAUUACAAGUAAACUCUCCAUACUUUCCAUAUAG